CCGUACGCCAUUGCAAUGCGAAAAUGUCGUGGCAAAGCAUUAGUAGGAGCUAUGGUAGGAGCCUAGGAUUGGUGUACCACUGUACCCCUAACAUUUAUUGCAAUAUAGUAGUGUGACGACAUGAAGGCAUCGCCGGCAACAUGGGCAAUACCCCAUCAGCAGACACGGACACAGGGAUGUCGGUCGAUGUGCGGGCGCUGCACAUCGCUGUCAUGAAGAACGACAUACUGUCUCUACAACAGCUGAUACGGCGCAGCGUGGAUGUCAACCGGCCGUGGGACAAUCUAGAGGCACCAAGUGUUAAGGACGGCAGCACACCGCUGGGGCAAGCUGUGUCGUUAAAUCAUCGCGCCAUAGCAGAGACUUUGCUUGCUGCCGGUGCAAAGGUCAACCUGCGGGAUAGAUACGGCUGGACGCCUCUGCAGAAGGGUGCUUAUCAUGGUCGUAAGGGGCUCGUGGACACUCUUAUCCAUGCAGGUGCAGACAUACACCAGGGGGCUUUGAAUCAGAACACAGUACUCCACAUCUGCGUGCAGAAUGGGCUGGUGCACAACAGUGUUGACACGGUUCAUAGCUUAGUCCGAGCCGGGGCACUAGUAAACCAACCGAACACAUUUGGGAAGAUUUCUCUUCACUACGCCACCUGGUGGGGACUGGUCGACAUCAUUGUUGAAUUGAUUCGCGGUGGAAGCGAUCCGGACUUCAUGGAUCAUUCGAGGGAGACUCCACUCUUCACGUGCAUGCAGGCAGUCGACCAAUAUCAGAACGAACGUGUCACGCAUCGCAAUCUCGCAGCCCAGAUGGCACUCAUCGCCAACGAAUGCGACACGCUAAAUCUCGCCCAGUGGUUGAAACAGCGCGACAUUGUGCGGAGGGUGAAGAGUCGGUGCGACAAUUCUUUUCUCGCCUGGUACAGCCAGUCUAUUCCUGCGAGCUUGAAGCAUUUAUCGCGUGAGUGCAUUCAGAGACAGCUCAGUCACAGCUAUUACCUGCCAGAUAGCAUACGCAAACUGGAAAUUCCCCAUGAAUUACAUGAGUACCUCAUGAGAAGUCUGUAUGUCAUAUAGUUAGUGUGGAUUUAACCAUUUUCAAACCCAUGCCAUGACAUCUGGGGUUAAUAAUGACAAAAUUUGUCAUUAUUAACCCCCCUGGUGACACGUAUGCAAAAGUGUCUGAAAAAGGUUAAAUUUGGCUAAUGGUACUGUCAGAUAUCAUAGAACAAUGUAUUUGUGUUACAAUAUCUCGUAUUGUGAUGGCACUGUACGUAUUGUUACUCAUUUCUAUCAUGAUAUAAGAGUUUUGCUUUACGAUUGUUUAUCCCCAGGUGAUAUUUCUUCGAUGUCUGGCUCCUGGUCAUACUUUGUUCCCACUGUGAUUUACACCUACAAUUUUUCGAUGAAUCAAGUGACCCACACGGGCUGGUAAAUGCAUGCUAGCCAAUACAAUGUAUGCAGCAAAAUUUCUAUAUAUAAAGUUGUUCAGCCGAAUUAGUCCGUACUCGCAUAACUAGAGAACUCCGC